AUGUCUCUGCUCCCACCCGACAUCCACGCAGAGCUUUCACAGCUCCUGCAAGCUCUGCAGUCCCCCGACAACAGUAUAAGAUCACAAGCCGAGGAGCACCUGCAGAACAACUGGACUGCCACCCGACCUGAGGUCCUGUUGAUGGGACUGGCGGAACAGAUUCAAGCUGCUGGCGACAAUGCGACACGAUCUUUUUCCGCUGUAAUCUUCCGCCGAAUUGCUUCAAAAACCCGCAAGAACGAGGCCGGAGAGACCACGGAUCUGUUCAUCUCUUUGACUAAGGACCAAGCCGCCGUCAUUCGACAAAAGAUUCUCGAGAUCCUUGCCGCCGAGUCUGAACGCCUCGUUCGCAACAAAAUUAGUGAUGCUGUUGCCGAGCUUGCCAGGCAAUACACCGAGAAUGGCGAUAUUUGGCCCGAACUGCUUGGCGCUCUUUUCCAACUUAGCCAAGCCCCCGAACCAGAGAAGCGAGAGAAUGCGUUCCGAGUCUUCGCUACCACUCCCGCCAUCAUCGAGAAGCAGCAUGAGGAGGCUGUUCUUCAAGCUUUCCAGAAGGGCUUCAAAGACGACGCCGUCAUGGUCCGUCUUGCGGCUAUGGAGGCUUUUGCUUCAUUCUUCAGGACUAUUAGCAAGAAGGGACAGGCUAAGUACUACGCCCUUAUUCCCGAUGUCCUCAACAUUCUUCCUCCGAUCAAGGAUUCUCAGGAUUCAGACGACCUCAGCAAGGCGCUCCUUGCUCUCAUCGAUCUCGCCGAGUCUGCUCCCAAAAUGUUCAAACCUCUCUUCCAGAACCUUGUCCAAUUUAGCAUCUCGGUAAUUCAGGACAAGGAGCUCGAAAACAUCUGCCGCCAAAACGCUCUUGAGCUCAUGGCUACAUUUGCUGAUUACGCCCCCUCCGUGUGCCGAAAGGACCCAUCGUACACAAACGACAUGAUCACCCAGUGCUUGAGUCUCAUGACGGAUCUAGGCGAGGAUGACGAUGAUGCUUCCGAAUGGAUGGCAUCUGAUGACUUUGACCAGGACGAGAGUGACCAGAACCACGUUGCUGGCGAGCAAACCAUGGACCGACUUGCGAACAAGCUUGGGGGUCAGACCAUUCUGGCCCCUACUUUCAACUGGCUUCCUCGUAUGAUGACUUCCAUGGCUUGGAGGGAUCGACAUGCUGCUCUGAUGGCCAUCUCUGCCAUCUCCGAGGGCUGCCGUGAUCUGAUGAUUGGAGAGCUUAGCCAAGUGCUAGAUCUAGUGGUUCCCGCUCUCCGAGAUCCUCAUCCUCGAGUUCGAUGGGCUGGCUGCAAUGCUCUUGGUCAGAUGAGCACUGAUUUUGCCCCUAAGAUGCAGACUGACUACUACGACCGAGUUCUCAAGGCAAUCAUUCCUGUCCUCGACUCGCCCGAAGGCCGUGUCAAGUCCCACGCAGCAGCAGCUCUUGUUAACUUCUGUGAGGAGGCCGAGAAGGCCACUCUGGAGCCAUAUCUGGACGAGCUACUUUCGCAUCUUUUCCAGCUUCUUCAAAAUGAAAAACGCUAUGUCCAAGAGCAAGCUCUCUCUACAAUCGCCACCAUCGCCGACGCCGCUGAAGCUGCCUUCUCGAAAUACUACGAUACCCUCAUGCCUCUUCUUGUUAAUGUUCUCCAGAACCAGAGCGAGAAGGAGUACCGACUUCUGCGUGCCAAGGCUAUGGAGUGCGCCACAUUGAUCGCCCUGGCCGUUGGAAAAGAGCGUCUUGGCCAGGAUGCUAUGACUCUUGUCAACCUUCUGGCCAACAUCCAGGCAAACAUUACUGAUGCAGACGACCCUCAAGCUCAAUACCUCAUGCACUGCUGGGGCCGCAUGUGUCGUGUUCUCGGUUCCGACUUCCUUCCAUUUCUUCACAACGUCAUGCCUCCUCUGCUGGAGCUUGCUGUUGCCAAGGCUGAUAUCCAACUGCUGGACGAUGAUGACCAGGUUGAGCAGAUGCAGAAUGAGGAGGGAUGGGAACUUGUUCCCCUCAAGGGUAAGAUGAUUGGUAUCAAGACAAGUACCAUGGAUGACAAGCACAUGGCCAUUGAACUCCUGGUCGUCUACGCCCAAGUCCUUGAGGCUUCUUUUGCUCCCUAUGUAGCGGAGAUCAUGGAGAAGAUCGCUUUGCCUGGCCUUGCAUUCUUCUUCCAUGAUCCUGUUCGAUAUAUCUCUGCCAAGCUUGUUCCUCAGCUGUUGAGCUCUUACAAGAAAGCCUACGGCCCUCAGUCCAACGAGCUCCGUGGUCUGUGGAGUGCGACUGUCGACAAGCUCCUCGAGGUCUUGACUGCUGAGCCUGCCAUCGACACACUUGCUGAGAUGUACCAAUGCUUCUAUGAAUCUGUUGAGGUAAUUGGAAAGGACUGUCUUUCUGCAGACCACCUCAGCCGAUUCAUCGACUCGGUACAUUCUGCUAUUGAGGACUACAAGGACCGUGUCGCCCAACGUCUUGAAGACAAGGAGGGAGCCACUGCCGAGGACGUGGAAGAUGAGGCUGAGGAUACUCUGAUGGCUAUCGAGGAUGAUCAGACCCUGCUUUCGGAUAUGAACAAGGCUUUCCAUGCUAUUUUCAAGAACCACGGUGCUGCGUUCUUGCCUGCCUGGGAGCGAUUGAUGCCCACAUAUGAGGGCUUCCUUACCUCAAACGAUCCCACCCAACGCCAGUGGGGACUAUGCAUCAUGGAUGAUGUCCUUGAGUACUGCGGCACUGAGAGCACACGAUAUGCCAACUACAUCACCCAACCGCUCAUCGAUGGUUGCCGUGAUGCUUCGCCGGCUAUUCGCCAGGCGGCAGCUUACGGCAUCGGAGUUGCGGCGCACCGAGGUGGAGCACCGUGGGCGCAGUUCUUGGGAGGCUCAGUCCCCUUCUUGUUCCAGGUCACUCAGGUUCCUGACGCCCGUAAUGAGGACAAUGUCUACGCGACUGAGAAUGCAUGUGCAGCUAUCGCCAAGAUUCUUCACUAUAAUGCAAGCACAGUAGGAGAUGUGCAAACCGUGAUUACGCAAUGGGUAGAGACUCUACCCGUGACCAACGAUGAAGAAGCAGCACCGUAUGCUUAUGCAUAUCUUGCGGAGCUGAUUGACCAACGACACCCAGCCGUGGCGAACCAAGCUGGCAAAGUCUUCGUGUUUAUCGCCCAGGCUCUCGAGGCAGAGACCCUCGUGGGACAGACUGCCAACCGGGUAGCAUUAGCAACUAAGGGGUUCCUGACAUCGACCGGCGUUGACCCUACGCCUCUUCUGCAGCAAUUUUCUCCUGAGGCACAGCGAACCAUCAUGGGAUUCUUCAACUAG